AUGGAUCACGGUGAAGAGGUCAGCCUUGAGGAGCGCUUGAAGUCCGCUCUCUGGCUGUCGAUCGGGAAGAUAGUGGAUGAGGAGACCAUCAAGCUUGGAGUCAACGCCACCCCUCAGUUUAUUGGGGCUUUAACUGAAAUGGUCUGGGCUCAGAUAGAGACGGUCAGCCAAGAUCUGGAGUCGUUUGCUAGGCAUGCCGGGCGCUCAACCAUCAAUGUCGCAGAUGUCAUGCUACUCGCGCGCCGUAACGAGGGAUUAGAAUCCAUCCUGCGGGCGUUUGUGGAGCAACAGCGCGAAGAAGACGCCUGA